GGCCGGAGCGUCAACGAGGAGGGACAGCAUUCGCUUCCCGCCAUACUUUUCCGAAGCUGAAAUGAGAAUCUGAAAUCCUGAACUCAAAACUCACUGUGUGAGAGAGAGAGAGAGAGAGAGAGAGAGAGAGAGAGAGAGGCGGAGGAGAUGGGGCGAGCUCCGAAGAGCGCGGGAUCGAACCCUAGAAACGACAAUCCGGAGGCGGCGGAGCGGAGGAGGCUGAAGAAGCUCGCGUUCUCGAAGGAGAUACUGUCGGAGGCUCCGGCGAGGUGCAGCGACCCACUGGGGCCUUCCAAGACGGUGCUGAAGCACCACGGCAAGGACAUCAUCAAGAAGUCUCAGCGGAAGAACCGCUUCCUCUUUUCGUUCCCGGGCCUCGUCGCCCCGAUCGGGGGCGGGAAGAUUGGGGAGCUCAAGGACCUGGGCACCAAGAACCCCGUCCUCUACUUCGAUUUCCCUCAGGGACAGAUGAAGUUGUUCGGGACACUUGUAUUUCCAGAAAAUAGGUAUCUAACGUUGCAGUUCUCUAAGAGCGGGAAGAAUGUCAUGUGCGAGGAUUACUUUGAUAACUUGAUUGUAUUUUCGGAUGCCUGGUGGAUUGGUAAAAAGGAAGAGAACCCCGAGGAAGCGCGUUUGGAGUUUCCUGAGGAGUUGAUUGAGGGCCAACAUCUAGAACAUGACUUUAAAGGUGGGGCAGGCGCAACCAUUGUAGAUAAGGUACCGGGAAAUAGAACAACAAAGAAAAUUGCAGAAGACCUCCAGAUCCCUAGAUCUCCCCCUGAAAAGGAUGCAUCAAAUGAUGGCAAUAAGAAAGAACCAAUGGAAGUGACACCGGUUCGCCAUUCAGAAAGAAACACAGUAAAAAAGUUAAGGUAUAAGGAGGUUUCUUCUGGAGAUGAUUCUAAUGGAAGUGAUUUGGGUGUGGCUGAUGGAGAAGAAGAAAAGAUUCCAGGUUCCUUAUUAGCACAAUCCAACAUUCACAAUCGAGAUUCUGUAGAAACUUCUGAACAAAGUGAAGAGUGUUCUGUACCAGAAACUAAGUCUAAGAAACAGUCUGCUACUUCAACCACAUCGAAGGAAACCUCUCGUGCUAGUCGUGGUUCACUUGUUCAGGCGACUAUAUCUACAUUGUUUAAGAAAGUGGAGAAAAAGAAUGGACCAGAAAAGCAGGAGAAAUCUCGAUCAGUUACAGUUUCUGGGAGGAAAUCAAGGAAGACUGAAUCAAAGAGGAAAAUUGAUCAGUCUCAGGAGGGACGAACAAAAAAGAGAAAAGUGAUUAAAGGAAAAGAAAUCGGUGUGCAAGAGAUCCAGGCAAAAUAUGAAGAUUUUGAGGUUGAAGAGGACCCCAUAGAAGAGUCAUCAAGCGAUUCACAGGACACUGAAGGCAGUGACGCAGAGUGGGCUGCUUGAGAUUGUAAAGCGACUACACAUUGUCGCCCGAGGCAUACUCAAGCGUAUCCCUCAGAUUCCUCUCGGAUGUCCAUCUUCCACGGCAUCCCACACAGCUAAAGCAUUGCUG